AUGGAUCCCGUGCUUAUCGUCGGUGCUGGCAUUGUCGGCCUGACCCUGGGCCAAGCCCUGAAACAGAAGAACAUUCCCUUUGAGAUUUACGAACGCGAUGCGACACCCGAUGCCCGUGGCCAGGGAUGGGCUAUCACCCUGCACUGGGCGCUAGAGUAUAUGUGGAAGAUGUUGCCUGAAGAGACACUCGCGCGUAUUCAAGCCGUCCAAGUCGACCCGGACGUGGCGCGGAAUGAUAAUGGCAACUUCCUCUUCAUCAAUCUCGAGACUGGGGAGCCCAAAUAUAAGAUUCCUCCCAGUACUCGAUGGCGAGUGAAUCGGGAGAAGACCCGUCGGGCUUUGCUACAGGGGAUUGAGGAUCAUGUCCACUGGGGCCGACGAGUAGUUGGUGUAAACCUGCCCAACGAUUCCAACAAAGUCCAAUUGGUCUUUGAAGACCAGACCUCCGUGACGGGUCGUAUCGCCGUCGGUGUCGAAGGAAGUCGCUCGAUGGUGCGACAAAUUCUGCGCCCAGAUUCAUUCAACAACUCCCCUCUUAACAUCAACUUUACCGGUGUCGCCGUCGACUUGACACCAGAUCAGAUCAAGCCCUUGAGGGAUAUGGACCCAUUACUGUUCCAGGGAUGCCAUCCACCCUCGGGAGCCUUCUUCUGGUUCUCCAUGCUGGAGACACCUCAAGUAAACGGGACGGCAGGAACGGCAGAUGAACGAUAUCGCGCUCAAAUAUGCAUGUCCUGGCCAGUAACGGGGCCCGAGGACGAGGUUGCCGUGACGGAUGAGGCUCGCCUGGCGAAUAUGAAACGCCGUGCGCAAGGAUUUGUACCGUUUUUGCGAGAGUCGGUGGACCGCAUUCCGGAUGGCACGCCAGUGACAGAGAUCAAGUUGGCGGACUGGGAGUGUCUGUCGUGGGAUAACCAUUCUGGUCGAGUCACGUUGGCUGGUGAUGCUGCUCAUGCAAUGACAAUGUACCGGGGAGAAGCAGCCAAUCAUGGCCUACUCGACGCAUAUCGACUAAUGGAAGCCAUUGUAAAAAUUUACGAUGGCUCCGCAACGCCCUCAGUGGCUAUUGAUGAAUUUGAGACGGAGAUGAGGACUCGAACCAGUCGUGCUGUACGAUUGAGUCGGCAAGCUUGUGUAGAUGCACAUGAUUGGAGUCGACUGGACGAGACGUCUGCCAUUUUAACGAAGAGGGCCAUUGUCGGGGAAUAA